AAAGAAGAUCACCAGUAAUAAUUAUAUAACACACAAUCUUCCCUUCAUUCAACAAUAUAACAUAUAUUUUUCUUGAUUCCAAGCUAACUAAACUUCAGCUGAUUAAUCUUUUGUUUGUUAUUUGCAAAUUCUAAGAAUGACAUUUUCAUUUAGAAGAAGGAAGGGUAACAGUGCCAAAAGAAAUGGUCUACCAGGCUCGAAUCACGUCAUGGAACUCACAAUUCCUUCGCAUUUCAGGUGCCCUAUAUCUCUCGACUUGAUGAAAGAUCCGGUGACACUGUCAACCGGGAUCACAUACGACAGAGAAAGUAUCGAAAAAUGGAUUGAAUCAGGCAAUGAGACCUGCCCUGUUACCAAUCAAGUCUUGGUAGCCUUUGACCUUAUACCAAAUCACUCUAUUCGAAAGAUGAUCCAAGAUUGGUCGGUGGAGAACAAGGCUUAUGGCAUUGAGAGAAUUCCUACCCCCAAAGUCGUUUUGACGUCGUAUGAUGUACUAGAUGUUUCUUCGAAGAUUAAUGCUGCAAUCAACCAUGGGGAUGCAGUCAAGUGCAGGGAAUUGGUUAGAAAGAUCAAUGCAUGGGCUAAAGAGAAUGAAAGAAACAAAGUGAUCAUCAUUGAGAAUGGAUUUGGCUUCGUGUUAGCCUCUUCGUUUGAUGCUCUUGCUAGUGUUUCGGUUGAGAAACAUGAAGGUCUGUUGGAGGAAAUUUUAUCUACAUUGAUUUGGAUGUUUCCGCUUGGCUUGGAGAGCCAAGCUAAGCUUGUUUCACCUUCAUCUCUACGCUGCAUGGCCUGGUUUUUGAAAAGCAAAAAUUUUUCCACCAAACAGAACGCGGUUUUAGCAAUUAAAGAUCUGCUUUCUCUGGAUCAACAAAGGGCUAUUGCAUUAUUAGAGGUUCAUCGAGAUGUUCUUGAUUCAUUAAUUUUUCUAUUGAAAGAGCCCAUCUGCCCUACAUCAGCAAAGGCCAACUGCCUAAUGGUAAUUUAUAGUAUUAUUACGCUCCCCAAAACAAGUGAAAUAGGUACAUCUAGAUUAUUGAAAAUGGGCCUAGUCUCCUUACUGCUAGAAAUUCUUGUAGAUUCUGAGAAGAGCCUAUCUCAGAAGGCUUUAGGAGUUUUGGACAGUAUUUGUAGUACUUAUGAAGGGAGAGAAGAGGCUCGAAAAAAUGCAUUGACAGUGCCAGUGAUCGUGAAAAAGAUUUUACGGGUGUCUGCAGCUGCAACAGAGUUUUCAGUGUCAAUUUUGUGGAAAUUGUGUGAGAAUGGGGAUAGAAAAGUUUUGGUGGAAGCAUUGGAAGUGGGAGGAUUUCAAAAAGUAUUGGUUGCUUUACAAAUGGGGUGCGGCGAGCAGACAAAGGGGAAGGCUACAGAGUUGUUAAAAUGGAUGAAUCAGAACAGAAAGAAGCUAAACUGUUUCGAAACAUCAGCUGAUUUAAGGUAUCUCAAGAAGUCAUAUUGAUCAAUGUAUAUACAGAAUUAUAACAUACAAACAAUGUAACCUGAAUUUAUAACCAUUUUUUUCCUCCCUUGUAUAUUUCCUUAGGCAUUGGAAAGGAGAUUUAUCUUACUAGAUAGUAGAUACUACA